AUGGAGUCGACUCGCUCAGCGUCUGUGAUCAACAAUAACAAUGAGAAAUGUGAUGAGGUAUCACUUCGAACCGACUAUAAAUCAAACCUUUCUGAGAUACUCCACGAUCAAAAUGUUGUUGAUUUGGAGAGAAGACUGAUCACACGUCCUGCGACCUCAACAAUUCGAAGACCAUGUCUCUUUGGUACUCAAACACUCAGUCAUCAACAAUCCGAGGAGGAGAAUGGUGACCAUGGAAGCGCCUCAGUUAUGAGCGAUUACAAUUGCUGCAGUCUUGAAACUGCAGUCAUGAAACCAGAGUAUCAUUCUGUUGGAGUGAAAGUAGGUGGAACAGCUUCACCUCGUAGUGAAGGUGGACCAACAAUUCGAUGCAAUUCUGUCGACAAGUAUGACUGGAAUGCAAUGAUCGCAGAAUCACAUGUGAUUUCUCCCCGGGUGUUCCAGACACUGGACUAUCACAGAGCAACAGAAGUGGUUUCAACAGGUGCUACAGACAAGAAAAGUGAAGAUGUCUGUUACUGGACAGGAACCUUACCAUUUAGAAAAAACAUAUCAGGAAAUAUUUCAAGAAAAGUGUUCGUUUACGGGUUGCCAGAUGGAAUAACGGAGUCUGGUAUAAUGGAGGUGUUUUGUAGAUUUGGCCAAAUUACCGUCAUUUGGCCAAAACCAGAUGGUGUUCAUUUGAGUAGCGAGUAUAACAAUAGAGUACCAUUUCUUUCAUCGAAAUCGAGUGGUACGGAAAAUGUGGUGAUAAAAAUGAAUGUGAAUGCUGAGCACAGCAUAGAGCAGCAAAGAAGUGUCAGUGAAGGCAUAGCUCAUACACAGCUCAGAUUAGCUCCUGGAUAUUGA